GGUCAGUUGUAUUUGGAGACGAUCGAAAAAAUGUUACUUGGUGAGAAAGGUUGGUGGGUGUUGAAAUCACAUGUAGCUUAUUGCUCGUGGUCAGCUGAUCAACAUUUUGUCUAGUGGCCACAUGUCUAUAGUGGCCAGAUUUCCCCACUCCCAUAAUUGGCCGCUAUAGACACGUAUAUAGUGGCCAGGAAAGGGCAUCUGAACGUGACAUAUAAGGUGCAGGUAUACAGGGGAAGUUUAGUGAGCUUUAGAUACAGGUCCGGAUCUGUAACUGUACCUGAACAACUUAUAACAGUGAACUGCAGUUUUCAUUCAGGAUAUGUAACGAUACAAGAACAGUAUACUGAAUGUUAUUCUAUGCCUAGUUACGUAUAUGCAAGGUACCUUCUCGUUACGGGUUAUAGCAUUGCAGUUUCUUCCAAAUGUUUGACAUAUGUCAAAUCUGUAAAGGGCAUAAUUGCGAAUUUCUUUCCACAGACCAAUUUAAAUAUUUUUUGCUUCUUAUUCGUAAGCAAGUGAUGUGAUAUUAAUUAUCUUAGGUCUAAUUUAUUGUCCCGUAGAAAGGCACCGAAUUUCAGAAACACAGAAGAAUUGAACAAGAAGUUUGGGUAUGAAACUCUACCCUGUUGCUCGAUUUUCAGUGAUUAGAUAUUGCACAGUGAUUCAGAAAAAACAUUUUGGUAUUGAAACUAUGAUGGUAUAUACUGGCUAGGAAAGUGCAUCUAAAUGUAACCAUAAGACGCAGGUACAGGAGAAGUUUUUUGAGCUUUAAAUAGUGCACAGUGAUUGAAAAAAAAACGGCCAUAGUUCUGUCAAAAAUCGCCCGUCGAGCUCUAUUCCUCAUGCGUGAUGCUAGUUGCAUACAUACCUCCAUGAAACAUUAAUGAAAGACUGUUACCGGCAGGUGGCUGGGUGGAGACCGACCCGACAUGGGUGACACCGGACCUAUGGGAGGGGGGUGACGGACUCCGACGGGUUGCUUGGUACGUCUUGGACUCCAACAUCCAGACGACUUGGAGACGUGGAGACGAGGACGCCACCUGGCAGCUGACGUUUGAUCUGCAGACGUCCUUGACGCUUUCCAGAAUUCGCAUUUGGUACAUGCAUGAUGUCAACAUGCAUGGCUUGUUGCAUUUGGACGGUACAGUCAUGGUUAUGACAGGAGAGCAAUGGAUCACUGUGCCACACGACACACACUUCAGGAGUGACAAACAACUGUCUAACACACUUCAUCUGAGAGGAAUUGACCUGACUGGGCUCCUCACCACAGGACAGUUUUGGCGCCUGGAGUUCCCGAAUGAGUAUCGUAGACCAAUCGGCGAGGUCAAGUUUCUCCAAGCUUGCUCCGGAUUUGAGAGGACGGUGUGUACAGACGGUAACUGUGAUGUCCAUGAGGUGAUCUGUGACGGCAUAGUGGACUGUGACGAUGGGAGCGAUGAAGAAAACUGCGAUAAAGAGAUCUGUCCUAGUGGAGUCGCCAUCAACAAGGCAGAGGUGUGUGACGGUAAUGACGACUGUGGAGACAAUACAGACGAGCAGAACUGCUGCGAGCGGCAAGGUAGACUGGCCUGCAGCGAUGGACAGUGUCUAGAUGCACAAAAAAUGUGUACGGAAACCCACAUUCCCUGCUAUGGUCAUCCGAGUAAACAGUAUGCUAGAUGUGACGAUGAGGAGGAUUGUUUGGAUGGCAGUGACGAGUCCUGCUCACCGUCUGCCUGUGACAAUGGAGCCCUGUUUCAUCAGCUUUCUCGGUGUGACGGCAGAGACGACUGUGGGGACAACAGUGACGAGCAGAACUGUGCAUGUUACUAUGGGAGAGACAGAGGGACAAGCUACAGGGGCCUUGCAAACCGGGACAACUCCUGUCAGUUCUGGACAUCUCAGUACCCCCACACCCAUAAACACACUCCCCAGGCCUACCCACGGGCAGGGCUGGAACGGAACUACUGUCGGAACCCGGACGGGAAGGACAGGCCGUGGUGCUACACAAACAACCCGCUCAUCAGGUGGAUGUACUGCGAGGAGGUCUUCACCUGUGACGCCCCACCGACGCGAUGCUUCUACGCAGUGGAUAAGGGAAGGAGUUACGUAGGGCGAUCUAACAGGGCAGGAGACCGGGUGUGUCAGAGAUGGGACUCCCAGUCCCCACACAGUCAUCCCCACACACCACAGUCUCAUCCUGAUGCCGGCCUCGAGGGAAACUUCUGCCGUAACCCUGACAACAAGGAGCGGCCCUGGUGCUACACCACGGAUGAGUCGCAGAGGUGGGACUACUGUGAGGUGAUGGAAUGUGCUGAGCCUUUCUCUCCAGAGUCUGAUGGCCAGGAAUGCCAUACAGACUACUCAUGUGCAGAUUAUUUAGGAACAUUACGACUUUGCUACUGUGACAAAGACUGCAGCUUUUUCGGCGACUGCUGCCAAGACUUUGAAGGAAGCAGCGAAUCCCAGACGCCGUCUGACCAUCACCAUCUGAAGUGGGACUGUGUGUCUGGCUUUUCUCGUCGCUUCCUUGAAUACCCUGGAAAGAAAGAGUCCUAUUGGAUGUUUGCUGACUGUCCUGAUGAAUGGACGGAUGACGUCACAAGGGAUAAGUGUUUAAAACAAGUGGACCCCUUUAACCCAAGUGAGCUAGUCCAUAGAAUGCCUGUGGAGGACGCUUCAAAAAUCCCCUACAGAAACAUAUUCUGUGCAAUUUGUAACAAUGUGUCUUUAACAGAAACAAUUCCUUGGGAGUCGCAAGUUGAGUGUACAGGGAUUCUCGAGUUGUCUCCACAAAUCCCUUGGGGUUCCCAAGAAUAUAACAGCAUCUUUGAAAGUAGUGACGAAUAUUGCUUUGGAACGAAAACUAUAGCGUUUGUCCCUUUAGACAUAUCGCAUGCGAGACGAUGUAUUCAGGUUGACAUUUUAGAAGAGAGUUGUGAUAUCUCCUCCUGUAAGUCCUACAGUUACCCAAUAGGCACUGGGUAUAAGAUUUACAAAAAUGUUCACUGUGCUCUUUGUGAAGGAUUGUCUCUUCCGGCAACCGCAAACCUUAAGUGUGCUUCAGUUGUGGAUACAAUAUCUCGAGUUAAUUGCGUAAUAUGGAACAACUGUCCUUCAAGAUUCUCACUAACUAAUCUGUUCAACUUCAAUGCCUAUGGAAGUGGUGGAAACAGUCCCAAUCAAUGUCCUUCCGACACUUUAUACGAUCCUUUUGCAGACACAUGCUGGUUGUUCUCGUCCUCCCGUAGAACUCACGGCUCAUUAAACAAUACCACUCGCUUCCAAAACUGCAGCGAACCCGCUCUGACAUUCACAGCGGAAGAGUUCCGUGUCCUUCCCAAUGGUAGCGUCCACCUGUUGAGUUCUAACGUGUCCUGUCCAGCUGAGCAGGUGGCCAUUCUGAACACAACAGCAUCGAUCUGCGGGGAGUGCAUUCUGCAGUACUUCUCAAACAACACACAGACAGCUAACCCUUGGGACGCUAACCAGGGCUGGUUAACCCUGGGGCUUGUGAUAGUGUCCGCUGUAGCAGUGUUUGGUUACGUAGUUCACAAUAUCAGGUCUGGCCAGUGGGAGAAAGUCCCAGAAAAGCUGAAGGUUCAGAUGUUGGUAUGCAUGGCGUUUGCUGAAGUCUUGUUUAUGGUACGUGUGAGGGUCCCUAUCGGACCGGCUUGUGCAGCGUUCGCGAUAAUUCUUCACUACUUUCUGUUGACGGCCUUCACAUCAAUGAACGCGCUUGCCAUGGACCUCUUUCUAACGUUUCGUGAUGCUUUAGAAAGAGCAAAGCUAUACAAGUACCUGUUGUACACAUGGCUGAUGCCGGUCCCUAUAGUUAUAGUGACCGUGAUUGUAGAGUUCGGCAGUUCGGUCAGUGUGGGGUACGGAGAGAACUGUUGGAUCGGCAAUCCGGUAGCCAACCUGCUGGCUUUUGGAGUCCCUGUCUUCAGCGCCAUUCUGGUCAAUGCUGUCUUGGCCACUUUUGUCUUGCUGGCCAUACGGAAGUCAUUUGAGAUAGCCGACAAGGCAAAGUCACGUUCGAACAGCAGCAAGGCUUGGGUUUACUUGCGUAUCUGCUUCUUGACGGGGUUCACCUGGCUUCUCGGCUUCAUCUAUCCUUACGUCAACAGUCGAGCUGUCGAGUACAUCUUCAUUGUGCUGAAUGCUUCUCAUGGCCUUCUACUGGCCCUGAUACUGACAAUAACAUCGAAGGUGGUUAAGAAAUGGAAGGUGGUUAUCAGGGAACGCUUUGGUCUGGCUGAACCUAACAAAGACAAUAGAGCAACCACCGCUGCCAUGAAGCAGAGGACCACCGCAACGGCGUGUGAGACCAGCUCUUCUGCAGACAUACCUCUGACAACUUUCACUGAUGUGGAGGAGAACAGAGCACGCAUUCAGCUAGAUAGUCCAAAUAGGGCCAGUGGAUGUACUGCCACUGUUAGCAAUCGGAAGACCACAGCACGUGCUAAAGAAAUGCCCAAGACAACUUUGGCUGAUGUCGAAAAAACUGCACGCUCUCAUCUGGACAAGCCUCAACAGGACAACGGAGAAACCGCCGCUGCAAGCACCAAGCUUGCCUCCACAGGGGGAACUGACGCAGUUGCAAGCGGAAGUGACGUAUGGCAGGUGGAGGGGACGUAGUGACAGGUGGAGGUGACAUAGUGGCUGGUGGAAGUGACGUAAUGGCUGGUGGACGUGACGUAGUGGCAGGCGGAAAUGACGUGGCGACAGGUGGAAGUGACGUAGUGUCAGGCGGAAGUAACGUAGUGGUAGGUGAAAGUGGCGUAGUUGCAGGCGGAAGUGAAGUAGUGGCAGGUGGAAGUGACGUGGUGGCAGGGGAAACUGACGUAGUGGCAGGCGGAAGUGACGUAGUGGCAGGCGGAACUGACGUAGAGGUAGGUGAAAGUGACGUAGUGGCAGGCGGAAGUGACGUAGAGGCAGACGGAAGUGACGUAGUGGCAGGCGAAAUUGACGUAGUGGCAUACGGAAGUGACGUAGUGGCAGGCGGAAGUGACGUAGUGGCAGGUGGAAUUGACGUAGUGGCAGGCGGAAUUGACGUAGUGGUAGGUGGAACUGACGUAGUGCGUUCCAUGACCGCUCCGGAUAUAGAUGAAAAAGAGACUAGUUUCUAGUUUGAGCCGUUGACUUACUGACUUGACUUAUGUCAGGUAUCGCUCCUCCCCUGCCGCCCGAACCACUGCAGCAGCCCAAAAGACUCUGUCCAGCAUCGCCUUUUCCGUGCUGUCUGCCUCUAGUUCUGAGCCGUUAGAGACAGCAUUGACAGCAACAACAGCUUUAAGAUUCCUUGUACACCUUCCUAUUUCAAAGGGAAUCACUCAAAAUCUAAUCAGUGUCAACUAAUUAUAGCGUAAUAAAAAUCAAGCUCUAAUCUAGCCACAUGCAUUGCAUACUUUAAUUAUAAGGAGAAAGAGAGAGAGAGCUUUAAUGCGCGAUAUUUUAGCAGGUUCAAAGUACGGCAUCGUGUACAUACAUUACAGUUGAAUUAUUGUAAUCUCAAAUAAAUUAUGUACUUCAUGAAUAACAGUAAUUUUGCAUACUGAUAGUCCAGAACAUUAUGUUUUAAAGGAAAGUAUAUACAUGCUAUGCCAGCUGUAAUCUCUGUUGUACAGAGUUUAAUAUGGAUUAUGUUACAUACUACUAGAGAUAUGAAAAGCUCAUGAUAGUUUUUGUUUGUGCAAUAUUGUAACAAUUUUGUCGGUCUUAUCAUACAUUGGGCAAUCUAUUAUGAUCAAGGAAUUUGUUUUGAAUAUGAUUAUGACACCCUUGAAAAGUUUAACCAUUUUGAUAAAUAACUCGAUAAAAAGUUAUCGGCUCUUGCAAAAGAAAGAAAUUUGAUUCAAAAUGCCACGGAGUCAAAGGAUAAGAUAUGUAAAUAGGGCAUCAUUGAAAUAAUCAGACGACUUAUAUUGAAAGAAUAAGAAAUAGACUUUUAUUGCGAAUUCUUCAUUGUUCAUGGUGUAAUAAUUGGUGCAUGAAGAUUUUAGGAAAACGUUUCAACUGUUUUUGUACCAUAAAGACUUUGACAAGAGGUCCAAUAUUUGCAAGAUAAGAAUAUCAGUUAAACAGAGAUUGUGUAACUAUAGUAAACAAGAUGCAGUGGAAAUUAAUAUAAUUUUAUUCGUAAAUGUUUUCAUUACGAAGAUGACGGAAACAGGCCAUGUGAAACAGUAA